CAGUGGUGGUGCAAAGCAGACGAGUCGCCUCUUAAGGCUGGUCGGACGCGCCCGCGCAGCCAGUUGCCGAUCCGCGCGCGACCGCCGUGUUGCCGUCUUCCGUAAACAGGCCCAUGUGGUGAUGACAAGUGUAAACAUUUACGACACAUUUACAGUGUGCAAGUGAAAGUGUUCAAGUUUUUUGGAAAUUUCAAUAUAACACGAUGGCUAGACUACAACACCUGCUGAUUGCCGCUGUAGCCAUCCAAGUCUACGUCAACGCUGCUCCCAGUGACGUCAGCAAGCUUGAAGACAUCGCCAAAGUCGAGACAGCGAGUGCUGAUACAACUCCAGCCCCACUAGAAGAAAGCACAAUUGAAAGCACAGACACCUCGGGCCAGAGACAAAAACGCUGGUUCGAUUUCGGAGCAUAUGGAGUUCCACCAGUAAUCAGCCCUGCAUAUUCUACCUAUGUCAAGAGAGACGAAUCACUAAGUACUGGCGUCUAUGGUUUAGUAGACGAUCCACUGUCACACGUAUACAGAAGGCUGCAAGACAUCGCGUCCGCAGCUAGACAACCAGCAUUCCCACCAUCUUUCCCACCAUCGUUCCCUAUUUAUCUACCAGUUCUUUAUUUACCUCAACCUUGCAAUUGCAACCAGCAACCUCCGCCGACCAACAACCAGAAUGGGAGCCAGCCUAACAGUAUAAACACUAGAUUCCCCGAAAUGGAAGACACGCGACAGAACUGGGGAUACGUAGUCAGUGACGACGAAGACAGAGAUGAUGGAGAGGAUGUUAGAAGGCCGAUAAAUUUUGACGUUAUUCUACCGAACAACACUGCAACUAGGAGGCCUCCUCCAGUUGAGCACGGGACCGUUCAAGGAGACGGCACAUUGAAUAGUAUUCCUCCUGCAGCUCCACCAACUACAUUUCGUCCAUCAACUACGAGAAGGCCGCCUCAGAACGCGCCAAAAGAGGUCUCCUCAAACCAACUGCCGACUAACUGCGAUGCCGCGGUCCUCAGUUGUUGCCACCGGCCAGAGAUUACUUUCGAGUGCUUCACAACGCAAGGCUGUCCAGACGUAGGUUCCUAUGGGAACCCCUGCGAACCCAAAGUUAUUCUCAGAGUAAUUGAAAGGUUCCAGAAGUUUUACCAGGAUAGGAUUGGUUAAGUGAUCAGUGAUGUGAUGUAGUUCUAAAUUAUUUAUGUACAGUGCAAUAAGUAAUGCGAAUAUUUAUAGGAAAAAUAUGUGAAUAAGCACAUUAAUCGUACAUCUGCCUGCGAUUAAAUAAUUUUUUCGGAUAAAAUGACUGUAAGUAGUCGUACCUUAAAGAAUAAUACUGUUGUUGGUGUUUGUUGGCUAAGUGCGUUUUCAAAUUAUCUGAUCCGAUAUCGGAUGUCGGACCGAUAUCCCAUACAUUACAGGCGCCAUCUUGGAUUUUUUCCAUUGAAAUCCUGCCGACAUCCGAUAUCGGAUCGGAUAAUGUGAACACGGACUAAGGUUAUAAAGAAGGUAUCCAUUUAUUUCUGUCCGGAUGUAUAAAACUUUAUUGCAAUAAACGUUAAUGGCACUAAAACAAAUGUGACGGUUAAAGGCGUUAAAGCUUAAGCGCCUGCAGCAU